CCAGGCAGAGGACCCUGCGAGGAUGCUGCCUUGGCUUCUUGUCUUCUCUGCUCUGAGUGUCCAAGCCUUGGGGCAGAUGUACCCCACCAGCAACUGCAGCCCAUGUCAGAAGGCACCAAGUGACAUCCACGGUCCCCGCACAGACAUCUUCACGAUGGUUUCUCGGAAGGAGUGGGGGGCAGGAGCUGCUGGCUGCAGGUCUCCACUGACCAUGCCGGUGGACGUUCUCGUCACACACCACGUCCCUGGACUGGAGUGCCAUGACCAGGCUGCCUGCAGUCAGAGGCUGCGGGAGCUGCAGUCCUAUCAGGUCCACAACUACAGCGGGUGUGACGUGGCCUACAACUUCCUGGUCGGGGACGACGGCAGGGUGUAUGAAGGCGUCGGCUGGGACGUCCACGGCCUGCACACCCAGGGCUACAACAACGUCUCCCUGGGCUUCGCCUUCUUUGGCACCAAGGAAGGCCAGAGUCCCAGCCCUGCAGCCCUGACAGCCAUGAAGGGCCUCAUCUCCUACGCAGUCCUACAGGGCCGCCUCUCACCCAGCUAUACCCAACCACUUCUUGUGAGAGGUGAAAACUGCCUGGCCCCUCCACAGAAGGCCGGCCUGAGGAAAGCUUGCCCCAGCAUCAUACGGCGGGGGGCCUGGGGUGCUAGGCCCAGCCACUGCCCUAGGAUGCAGCUCCCGGCUAAGUACGCCAUCAUCCUCCACACGGGUGGGAGAACCUGCGGGGCAGCUGCAGAGUGCCGCCUGCUGGUCGCGGAUCUUCAGGCCCUCUUCAUGGACAAGUACGAAGCGUGCGAUGUUGGGUACAACUUCCUCGUGGGCCAGGACGGUGGUGUCUACGAAGGGGUGGGCUGGGAUGUCCAAGGCUCCUCCAUCCCUGGCUACAACGACAUCGCCUUGGGCAUUGUCUUCAUGGGCACCUUCUCGGGCGACCCACCCAAUGCCGCUGCGUUGGAGGCGGCCCAGGACCUGAUCCAGUGUGCUGUGGCCAAGGGGUACCUGGCCCCCAACUACCUGCUGCUGGGCCAUAGUGAUGUGGCCAACACUCUGUCCCCUGGACAGGCUUUGUACAGCAUCAUCAGGACGUGGCCUCACUUCAAACACUGAGGGCAACUCCCGCUCCCUCCGGGGCUGCUCUCCUUCCCACUGGGUCUCUGUCCUCGCCUCCCACUUGGCCUCAUCACCUGUGGCCCCUCCUCUGCCAACCCCACCUUGCUCCCUUUUCCAAGGUUGGGUUGAUCAUGUCCCUUCCUGCUAACGCCCUCCAGCGUCCCCAGGCCCCCAUGGCUGGACAUUUACAGCCUCCUCUGGGUCCAGUCUCCUCUCUCCUUGCCUUCCUGUCCCCUGAGCACCCAUUCGGACAGCCAGGAGAGACAAACUGAGCCCCGUCAGCCCCGUCUUCCCACCCGUGUCUGCCUCUGUGCCUGAGGUCUCACCCCCUGCAGUCUGCCUGCAGCCUCAGCCCUCACCCACCACCCAAGCCAGGGUGCCCACCCCUCCUCCCCGCUCACACACCAUCUGCUUGUACAGCUCUGGAGGUUGCCUUUAUUUAAAGCCUGUAAUUAUUUAUGUGCACAUCUUAUCUCUCCUGGAUCGUAAAUUUUUCCAGGGAAUAGCCAAUUUGUAUUCAUGUCUACGUCCU